AUGGCAUCCAAAUUCGAAUCGGCAUUUGCCUAUCAUGAACCCUCAACCAAAACAGUCCUCAACUACACCGGAUUUCUUUUGACUCUGAACAUAGCCAACACCUGCCUGGACAAGCUCCUCUACUGUGGGCUAAUCGGCCAACUCUUCAUCGGUAUCUUGUGGGGCACCCCCGGGGAACAAUGGUUCGAUCAAGAGACAGAACGAGUGAUCCAGCAGAUUGGGUAUUUAGGCCUGAUACUUUUGAUCUAUGAAGGCGGUUUGUCAACCUCAAUCAAGUCCUUGAAGGCAAACAUCCUUCUUUCGACAGCCGUCGCUACCACUGGAAUCUGUGUCCCAAUGGGGUUGUCAUUCAUUCUCAAGGAACUUGUAUCGGCUACUCAUCUUCAGUCCUUUGCAGCCGGUGCCGCCUUGAGCGCAACUAGUCUCGGCACUACGUUCACCAUACUCUCAACCACCCAGCUAACAAGCACAAGGCUCGGCGUUGUCACCACUAGUGCUGCAAUGCUAGACGAUGUGGUCGGUCUGGUCAUGAUUCAGAUUAUUUCCAACAUUGGAAGUGCCGACUCAUUCAGUGCUGUGACUGUAAUUCGACCUGUUUUUGCUUCCAUUGGUUUCGUUGUUGGUCUUCUAUUGCUGUGUGCAUUCGGUUUACAGCCAGGAUUAAAAAAAUUGCUUGGUUGCAAAGACAAAUUCCCAGCUUUUGUGGGGACUGCACAAUUUGCUUUCCUUGCACAGACGUGUGUGUUGGUUGGAAUCGUGGCUGGUGCAACGUAUGCUGGAACUUCGAGUCUCUUUGCUGCCUACCUUGCUGGAGUGAUUGUCUCCUGGUUCGAUAGGCUAGUAGCUGAAGCGAAAAAACCAAUUGCUGGCCUGCAAUCUAGUGACUCUCACGAGCAGACCUUCGAUCAUAGCGUACGGAAUAGCAAGAACCGGCGUACGGAAGAGACACCCACUCGAGAAACAGAAACAACUCGUAAUGAUAUACCUAUGGGCGAGCUCAUCUACAGCAAAUAUUAUAAAGCGACGGUUAACCACAUUCUUCUUCCUUUUUUCUUCGCAUCCAUCGGAUUCGCAAUUCCCAUCACCAAAAUGUUCUCAGGCCAGGUUGUAUGGCGUGGGGUUGUCUACGCUAUGCUUAUGGCAAUUGGAAAAAUGAUCACCGGCCUAUGGCUCAUUCGAAUCUCUCCGAGCCCUGUGUCGGGGCUAGUCUCUACCAUCAAGAAACCGUUUACAUACGUUCAUUCCUACUGUGCGAGUCCUCAGACCAUCAACAGAAAGUCGAACCGAAGCAAGAAGGUCCUGCAGAGACCAGCAACUCAAGAUGACGGUUUCCCGCAUUUCCCUCCCCCCAAACCUAAGUCCUUGUAUCCGCCUGCUAUACUGGGAUUCGCAAUGGUUGCCCGAGGCGAAGUGGGAUACCUCAUUGCUUCAAUUGCCGAAAGCAAGGGAAUGUUCUCGGAUGAAUCAUCCGAAGAACCAUCUGAGAUCUAUCUAGUAGUCAUCUGGGCAAUCUCACUCUGCACAUUGAUCGGCCCGAUCUUGGUUGGGGCUCUGGUCAGACGUGUAAAGAAGCUGCAAAAGUCAAGGGGAGAUAUGGGGGCUGAUCCUUUGGGGGUUUGGGGCAUUUAG